AUGACGUUUAACUUCAUGGAAUUACGUGACCGUGUUACGUCCGAAACACCAGUACAAAAAAGAAAAGCCAUCACUCGACACUCCGCGCUUUCAUUCCACUUGCGGCGCGGGGCGAGACCGUCCGGUGUAGCUAUGAAGAACUCCAUAAAGCCCGAAACCGGGGGUGUGGGCUCGGUGGCGCCUGGGUGCCCGAGGACGACCGUGGGGGCUGGGGCGGUGGAGAGUUGGGAGGGGGGCGCGGUUCGGUUCGCCGUAGGGGUCGCUGGGUGUCCGGGCGGAGGGGGGUGGGUGGCGCGGCCGCGACUCGUCAGAUCAAUAGUCGUCGGGGUGCGUGCCCAAGCCCGCUCCGCACCGCCGAUUGUUUCAAAUUACACCCCGCCCUUUGUUCCCGCCGCCGAUCGGAGUCGCCGGCAGCGGUUUUUGUUUGCACUAAAUGUUCGACUUCCUUUACGG